UGUAUUAGCCUGACGAGUGGGUUAGGGACUACCGCGAUUACAUUGAGACCCCCACGCUGAUGUCCCUUAUUCGCGCAGCAACGAUGCUUGGCUUUGACUCCGAUCGUGUAUGGCUCGUGAGGGAGUUGGAAGCACUUUGGCCAUUUAAUCUUGGAGAGCUGUUCGUCAACCCGGAACCGCGCAUCGAUGCUCCAGAGGUGGCUGCCCUUGCAAGGACGUGCGACAUUGAUGCGUUGUUGAAACCUGCAUUCUACGAUAUGGCACGAGUACCUGGAUUCGGUCUGAACAGGCUGGAUAAAUCAGAGCAGAUCAGCCGUGCGGAUGUACUGCGCCUUGUCCGGAUGAGAGAGUAUCUGAGUGGCACGUGGACUCAGGUGGCUGCACACGAGGAUCCUACCUUUGUGUGCCAAACUUUUGGGAUGCGGUAUGCAGCAAGGGACAAGGACCCGCAAGUCUGUCUGAAAGUGCUGAGGAGAAACCUGCACUUUGCUCUACCGCCUCCGCUAGUAUGGUUAACAAAUGCCUCUCUGCGACGGCACGAUGCGAGGCGUGGGUUCGGCUUGUGCACCGCUCAGAUAUUUUCGCCCGGUAUCGGUAUGACCCACUGCGUGGACUGGCGGCGUUGACAAACAUCGCGUGGACGGACGACUGGUGCAAAGAUUGCCAGGAGAAACGGAAGGCGGAUUGGCGUAUAAUGCAGAGGAGCAUUUG